AUGAUGACGAUGACGGGUGUCAAGUUCAUCUUUGCCCCGACGACGGAGGAGGGCAUCGAGAUUGAGCUGCUCGUCCCCGAUGGACUUGUCAUCACGGAGGAGGAGUUCAAGGCACUCAAAGCUAAGAGCGUGGAUGAAGUUAAGCUACUUCUCGUCGUCGGGACUCAUGUGAACGACCUACUUGUCACCAGCACGGACGACAGCAGGGUCUCUCAGCUCUUCGCCGACACGACUGUCCUGGAGCUCAAGGAUCUCGGUAACCAAAGCAACGCUCUGGGAAUGCGCGUGCCGUACGGCGAUCUCAGUGGCAAUCAGUUCGCCUAA